AUGAGAUUCCAUUCCCUUCUUUCUUUUCUCUUCCUCUUUGUGACAAUAACACCGAAAGGAAAGACUGGCGUUAUCCCAGGAGAAAAGCAGUGCAUUAAUUUGAAAGGGACGUGCAAGGACUUUGCGUGCACGUCUGUGGAUGACACCAUCGGUGUGUGCAAUGAGAAGAAGAAGUGCUGUAGGAAGUGGUGGAUACUUGAGCCCUACCCAACCCCAGUCCCCAAAGGAAAAUCUCCGUAG